GCACCAUUCCGACCUAUACCAGUUCCAUUUGAGCAUAUUCGAUCUUUGCACCUCUUCCAAUCCCUGGGCGCUGCGAGCGACGAUGGAAGAUGAGCAGGCUGCAGUUCAUGACGAUACCCAGCUGAGCGCAGCAGACAUCGUCUCGGUCAAGCCAGAGCCAGACGCAGAGGGCGAUGUCGCGAUGCAGACACAUACACAGCCAGCAAGUGGUCCCGGCUCCCCCCUUGACUACUCGCAUGUCUACACACUUCUGGGCCACACUCGCGCCAUCUCCUCCCUGUCUUUUUCGCCCGAUGGCACCCUGCUGGCCUCAGCGUCUGCAGACAAGACCGUCAGAAUAUGGUCGUUGCGCACUGGGCAGCUGGUAGAGACCCUCAAGGGUCAUGGAGGAGGGAUCAGUGACGUUGCCUGGAGCCCCUGCGGGAGGUAUCUGGCAACAGCCAGCGAUGACAAGACAGUGGGUGUGUGGAACGCACUAUCUGGCUACGAUCUGAGGCGUCUCAUCGGCCACACGUCGUACGUCUUUUGCGUGGCCUACUCUCCUCAAUCGAAUCUCAUCGUCAGCGGCUCUUUCGACGAGACGGUUCGACUAUGGGACGUCAGGAAGGGCACCUGCCAUAGGACCAUUGCCGCUCACUCAGAGGCAGUGACAGAUGUGGACUUCAAUCGGGACGGAACUCUGAUCGCUUCGUGCAGCUACGAUGGUCUAAUUCGGCUGUGGGACGUACCCACUGGUCUUUGCCUCGCUACUCUUCCGCAUCCGACGUCCUCACCUACAACGUCCAUCCGCUUCUCCCCGUCGUCUUCGCAUCUGCUCGCCUCGUCCCUCGACUCCACGCUUAGACUGUGGGACGUAGCCAAUGGCAAGAUCGUCAAGACGUACCGUCCCCACAGAGGGGAGCGAGACAACAAGGAUGGAGGAGAAGGAGCCACAUCAGCUGCAGGAGGAAAAAGCGGGGUGGGAGGCGUCUAUCAAAAUCACAAGUACGCCAUCAAGUCGCACUUCCUGGUCCUCCCUGCCGAAGGAACAGCGGUGCCCACCACCACCCCUCAGUCGGAAGUCUUCAUCGUCUCUGGCAGUGAGGAUAGCAAGCUCUACUGUUGGGAUUUGCAAUCGCGUCGUAUUCCAGAGCAGGGGGGAGUAGUAGGUGCAGGCGUGCACAGGGACGUGGUAGGGGCCGUAGCGGUGCAUCCCAAGACGCGGGAGGGAGUGCGCAUCCUGGCAUCGGCUGGGAUGGAGCACGACCCGAGUGUGAGGGUGUGGUUCGAUCGGCGUCAGGACAACGCGGAGUCAUGAGAGGGAGAGUAUCGACACCUUGUACAAUACCACGUUUACUGGCUGCUACCUUGACUUUAGAUGCGGAUAAGACCGGGG